GGCUGCUCAGUCCGUCUCGGUUUUAUAGAGCCGCUGGUCACUGACACCUCCCUCCCGCGCGCGGAGCUCAGGGUGAGUAAAUAGGCUCCACCACUUCCUAUAAACAUGUUGUCGCCCCUCAUUCUCCAGACAGAGCUACCUGGUCGGACCGUUCCGUGCUCUCUGGCGCGCUGCAGGACAACAGCAUGCUGCUGCUGCUGAGCAUCUGUGCCUUUAAAGCCUCUCUGUGAGCGCGCGCCUCUCUCAGAGUCCCCGCGGUCAGGCUCCUACAACACCGGCGCGCUCGGCGAGUCGAGUCGAGCUACUUUAACUGAAAAGUCCCUGGCUUUCCUUCUCAGCCAGACUCAUGGAAUACUAACUAUGGAAUACCUCUGGCUGCUGCUGCUUGUGUUUUUACAGCUUACCUUUCACUCAGGCAACACCAAGCCCAUUAUUUUCCCAAACGAGCCUUACCUUGUGGUCCCACUAAACCAACGCUUCAGCCUGCAUUGCCAGAGUGACAGCAGGAUUCAGUGGAGGAGAGAGGAUCGAACUAAGCAACUAAGAGCGAGUCAGGUUGAUGGGAUGUUGACAUUGGUGCAAACCAGGGCUUUGGCUCAGCACAUGGGCCGCUACAUCUGCAUGGAGGAGAGCUCCAAGGAGCAGGCGUCCAUCUACGUCUAUGUGAAAGAUCCUGAACGUCCUUUCAGGAAAGCGAUGGUGUUCAAAAUUCUUACUCGUGAGGGAGACACUUCUCCCAUCCCCUGCCUUGCAACGGAUCCGAAUAUCAGCAAUAUGAGCCUGGAAACAUGCUCCAGUGGACCGCUGGCCCCUGGUCUUCAGUAUUCUGCAAAUCUCCAGCAAGGCAUCUUAAUCCACAACAUAAAGAAGUCAUACGAAGGUUGCUACGUGUGCACAGGAAUGCUCAAGAGUCAGCGAGUCAAGUCAGACAGCUACGACCUCACAGUGACAGCAGUACCUGUUGCUCCUCCUGUGAUUGAGAUGAAGCAGUCCAGUAGAGUCGUUCUCACUCGAAACCAGAGUCUCCUGCUAACCUGCAACACCACCAACGUCAAUAAAAACAUCAACGUGAAAUGGGAGACUCCACCUGGCUCGGGUGCCGUCUGGUAUCCACAGCAACCAGCAAAGGUUGAUGGCGCUUCACGCAUCCGGAUGGAGGACUACAAUCAUGUACGCAGUGCCACACUGCAAAUAGCGGCAGUGCGCCCGCAAGAUGCUGGCAGUUACAAAUGUGAGGCUAGUAACGAAAGGGGGACCAGCACGAAGUCGGUGUGGCUCGAUGUUUAUGAAAGAGGAUUUAUCAGCUUAACCCCUGUGUACAACACCACCUUCCGUGUCCGCUCAGGUGAGAGUUUGUCCCUGAUAGUCCACAUGGAGGCAUACCCACAGCCAGACACCAUCUCCUGGAGCUUCGGGGGACAAGAGCUGAAAAACACAACUGAUCAUGUCAUCAGCAUGCACAGCAAUGGCUACAGUUGCAGCAGUGAGCUGAAGCUGGUUCGACUGAAAUCAUCAGAAGGUGGCAUUUAUACUUUUAAAGCCUCCAACAGCGACGCAUCAGCAAAUCAGACAUUCACCAUCUUUGUGAUCAGUAAGCCUGAGAUUGUAUCUCAUGAGGGCCCAGUGGAUGGACAGGUGCGCUGUGUGGCGGAAGGUUUCCCUGCCCCUCAGAUCAAAUGGUACUACUGUGAGCAGUACAUCAGGUGCUCCCUGCAGAGAAACGCCUCUCAAGAGGAGCACAAUGUCAUGACUGUCACACUGUACAGCAGCCCGUUUGGGAAGACCGAGGUGCAGAGUCAGGUGAAUGUCAACAGAGGACGAUUCAAUACCCUGGAGUGUGUGGCUACAGUGGAGGGAGAACAAGCCUAUAACCUCUUCUCUAUCAAUGAAAGAGAAGUUCCUCAUGACCUGUUCACACCUCUGCUGAUUGGCUCUGUGGCAGCUGCAUGCCUUCUCUGUCUCAUCUUGAUUGUGCUCUUCUACAAAUACAUGCAGAAACCGAAGUACCAGAUACAGUGGAAAGUCAUUGAGGGACUCCAUGGGAACAACUAUGUGUACAUUGACCCCACGCAGCUACCUUACGACCACCAGUGGGAGUUCCCGAGAAACAACUUGCGUUUUGGAAAGACGCUUGGAUCCGGUGCUUUUGGGAAGGUGGUGGAAGCCACCGCGUACGGACUCACCCAGGCAGAUUCGGUCAUGACGGUUGCUGUGAAGAUGCUCAAAUCAAGCGCUCACGCCACAGAAAAAGAAGCACUGAUGUCAGAGCUGAAGGUCCUGAGUUACUUGGGGAACCACAUAAACAUUGUCAACCUGCUGGGAGCCUGCACUGUUGGAGGUCCUACUCUGGUGAUUACAGAGUACUGCUGCUUUGGAGACCUUCUCAACUUUCUCCGCAGAAAGAGAGACUCCUUCUUCUGCUUUAAGAUGGAAAAGGAUUAUUACUACCGCAACAUCACUCAGCAGAAAUUUGCAGAUGGUGACAGCUUGAACGGCUACAUGGCCAUGAGGCCUUCUGUUACUGGCAACCCACCGAUCAGCUCAUCCUCUGAGCGGAGACACUCACCAUGCAAAGGCAAGCCAACAAGUGGCUCUUCUGUGGAAGCUGAUGCAGAGAGCGAGAUCUUGGAUGGGGAUGGUUUGUCUCUAGAUACCGAGGAUCUUCUCAGCUUCUCUUACCAAGUGGCCAAAGGAAUGGAGUUCUUAGCUUCCAAAAAUUGUAUUCACAGAGACCUUGCUGCCAGAAACAUCCUGCUGACUCAAGGAAGGGUUGCAAAAAUCUGUGACUUUGGCCUGGCCAGAGACAUCACCACAGACUCCAACUAUGUGGUGAAAGGAAACGCUCGUCUGCCAGUGAAGUGGAUGUCCCCUGAAAGCAUCUUUGAGUGUGUGUAUACAUUUGAAAGUGACAUAUGGUCCUACGGCAUCUUGCUUUGGGAGAUCUUCUCUCUGGGAAACAGUCCUUAUCCUGGUAUGCCGGUGGAUGCCAAGUUCUACAAGCUGAUAAAAGAAGGAUACAGAAUGGAUACUCCAGAGUUUGCGCCCAGCGACAUGUAUCAGAUUAUGAGUUCCUGCUGGGAUCCUGACCCGUUCCACAGACCCCCCUUCAGGAAGGUUGUAGAGAGUAUUGAGCAGCAGCUGUCAGAUGCCACCAAGCAUAUUUACCUGAACUUCAGUUCCAGGCUCCCCAUGCUGACCAGAGCGGCGGUGGAUUCCAGUUCUCAGAGCACAACAUUUCAGCCUCCCGACGCCGUCAGCAGUGACAUUUCAACACAGCCUUUACUGGUUCAGCAUGAGGUCUCCAUGGAGGGGACGUUAUCUGAAGCCCAUUGGGUGUAGAGACGCACCUCCACAACUUGUCUGGCUGCCUCAUCAAGUGCCUGUAAUGCUCCGCCUCAGACCAUCUGAUCACCACUCGCCCGCCAUCCUGGUACCAGCAGCCGUCCUCGUAACUGGCAGAGAGAACUUCCAGAAGAUGAUUGGCGUUUAUCUUUGCUGUCACUGUUGCUGCCUACUGAUCGCUGGGAGGACAUGUCAGAUCAAUGCUCCCUCGCGCUUAGCAAAGUACUGUGAAGGCAUCAGGAGGGUGGAGGAACGUUCAUCGUUGCUCUGAAACUCACAAAAGUACACCAUUACACUGUUACUUGUUUGUAUAUUUCUCAUGUUUUUAAUAUUCCUACACAUUUCAUAAAAAUGAUUUUGUUUUUUGACAGUUCAUCUGUAGCAGUUGUUUUCUGUCAAUUUCAACUAAUUUUCUAUUUACCAUUUUCCAGCGGUGGAAUUGGAAGUGUUCUCAGAUUGGUUGGUCAUGGGGUUGUUGCUUCUUCUAUUGUUUUUACCUUUAUUGUCAGUAUUAUUUCCAACAGUUCAGAUCUACACUAUUGUAAGAAGAUGAUGUCUUUGGGGGCCAAUUCAAUCUAAGAUCUGGAUAUUGGAACAUGAAGCUAUUAGCAUGGUUGACAUGUCAAGUUUCUUAGGGAAUAAAUGUGUGCUCCUUUUUAUUUUGGAUUUCAUUUCCUAAAACAAACCACUGCAUGAUUACACACAGUUGUCCUAGAACGUUGGCGUAGUUGUAGAUUAGUUCUGCUACAGUUCAUGUGCGUUAAAGUGCUGGGUCAUUCAGAUUCAAUCAGUGAAGCGUGGAAGUCUUCAUGUUCCUCUUUCUUAAGCAGGCCAUUUUCUGCAGCAACCAUUUGUUUACAAGUGUGAGAUAGGGUACUGUCAUUUCUGUUUUCUCUGCUUUUCCCCAGCUUUAUGAAGCUGUCCCAAGAAGCUUUUCAUUCUCCCUCACUUUCAGCUGGUGUACUCUCGUGUGAAUUAUUUAAUGUGCACACUUUCUCAUUAAUUAGUCAAUUGUGAUGUGAUAUGCCAUUAAGUGGAUUUCAUUUUCCCUGAGGUGACCUGGCCAGAGGAAACCAGAAGGUGUCUCCUGGUCAGGUGUUGAAAAGAGCAACAGAAGUCGUCUCAUUGUUCUCCGGCCAGUAGCUGGUUUCCUCACAGUCCCUCUCUCUUCUGUGCAUCCACUUGUUUCCUCUAACGGAAAUCAGAUUUUCAGCACCUCUCAGCCAGUAGCGUGUAUCUGUAAAUCCUCCCACUGGUGGCUGUCGUUCUGAGCAGUACAAAGAAAGUGUCCUGUUUGUACGUAGCAACGUGUGUGUGUGUGUGUGUGUGUGUGUGUGUGCGUGCGUGCGUGCGUGCGUGUGUGUGUGUGU